AUGUCAUUUGAACAACGUAUAGAAAAAGAAAGUGAAAGAUUUCAAGCACUAUUUAAUCAUUUAUCUGAUACACAAUGGAGUGAAGCUGCAAUGCCUGAAGCACAAUCACGUUUAACAACAUGUCAACGUCAAACUCGUCUUACACAAGUUAAAAUUGAUACAUUUAAAGCAAUAGCUGAUAAAGAACAUAAACGUUUUCUUAAUAUUAAGAAGCAUAAUAUAAAACAUGCUUGGCAUAAAUUUCGUGGUACCUUAGAACAAUCUUUAGAUGAACAAGAAAAAAUUUGGUUACGAGAAUUAAAAAAAUAUCAAGAAGAAGAACAACAUUUAAUUGUUUUAAAAGAAGAAAUGACUUCGGCUGAGAAACAUAUGCAACAAUGUCAAGAUACUUAUAAUGAUUAUACAACAACUAAACGAGAAUUGAAUGAAUUACUGGAUGAUUUAUUUUCUGAUGUUACAUCUUCAUAUUCGAAUGAAGAUAUUCUGAAACAUAAUCUUGAAAUAAAAAAAGAAUGUUUAAUUAAUCUACAGAAUAAUGAACGUAUUUUAAAACAUGUUUUUCAUUUAUUAAAAAAAACUUCUCGAGCUCUUACGAUUUCUCAUCGUGCAUUGAAUCAUGCUUUAAAUAUGAAAACAUGUCAUUUAUUUUCUUAUUGCUGUUUUGCUAAUAUGGCGAUAAAUUCGUAUUUUACAAAAGCUCGAGAUCAAUCGAUUCAAGCACAACAAUUAUUAACCGAAGCUAAACGUAUAUAUUCAAAUUUAUUAUCGAUUGAUAAUAGACAUAUGACAUAUGAUAAUUCACUUUUUAAUACAAUGUUUGAUAAUAUUUGUCUUGAUACAAAUAUAAGAAAAAUGACGGAAGAAUCAUCAAAUCGUCUUACUUGUGCAGAUACAGUUUUGGUUAGUAUUUUAUUACAAAUCAAAGAACAAGUGGGAAAAUGUGAAGGUGAUCGAGAUCGAACGAAUAAAGAUAUAAAACGAUUAGCAGCUGAAUAUUUCACUGCAAGAAUUGAUAUUAUACGAAAUAUUAUAGAAUCAUUAAAUACAAAUUCAUCAACAUGA